AUGACUCAGGUGGGCCUCAGCCUUGCGAUAUUCAAGAUCGUCCAGGCCCUCCAGCAACCGUUCUUGUUCACAACAACCUCAAGGGUUGCAUCUACAGAUCCGAAGAUGCCUCCCAAGAGAAAGGCAUCCUCCAAUGUUCGUGGACCGCCAAAAAUAGGACGAGACUCGGCGACGUCUACGCCUGGUCCCGCCACUCCAAGGAGUAUAGACAGCAGCGAUGACAACUUCUUGGGCGAAGAAGCCAGUGAGACUGAAGAGGAGAAUAUUGAUAAUGCCGUAAAUAAGUUCUCAGCGGAGAGUUAUAAGACUAAGAAGCAAGUCCGUCCAGCAGAGAGGGAUUCAGCAAGCCAUCACUUUGGCAGCAACGACUUCUCCUACCUGUCACUUAAACCUGAUCACGACAAUCGCCCUCUUUGGAUAGAUCCCCAUAAGGCUCGCAUCAUAUUAGAGAGCUUCUCACCUCUCGCUGCCCAAGCCCAGGACUUCCUGACAACUAUUGCUGAACCCUUGUCUCGACCCGAGUACCUCCACGAAUAUGCCUUGACGCCACACAGUCUGUAUGCAGCUGUGUCUGUUGGCCUCGACCCAAAUGAUAUUAUAUCUACGCUAGACCGUCUUUCUAAGAUACCAAUACCGGACAACAUUCGAGAAUACAUCACAAGUUGUACACAGAGUUUUGGAAAGGUCAAGCUGGUCUUGAAGAAUACAAAACGUUUCGUCGAGAGUUCGGACCCUGAGAUGUUACAGCGGCUGCUGAAAGAUGGUGUUAUCGGGCCUCUCCGUGUUCAAGGCUCUGGGGAUAUCACAAAAUCGUCAGCACCCACUAUGCAGGGUCUGGUCAUCCCGGGAACGAAGAAUGCGGCUGGAGUGCAACAAGCGGGGACUCAACAAGUGGCACUGAGAGAAGGCGAAGAACCUCCGAAGCAAGACGACAUAUAUGCUACGCUAAACGAAGAUGACGACGAUGACGACGAUGCAGAGGCUGUUCAUUCGUUUGAGAUCCAGGAUAAUUCAGUUGAAACGGUACAGAAGCGGUGCUUGGAGCUUGCGCUACCCAUCCUCGAAGAGUACGACUUUAGAAACGAUCAAGCGAACGCGAAUCUUGAGAUUGAUUUGAAACCGAGUGCACAGAUUCGAAGUUAUCAAGAAAAGAGCUUAAGUAAGAUGUUCGGAAACGGUAGAGCAAAGAGCGGGAUUAUUGUUUUGCCCUGUGGGGCGGGGAAAACACUUGUUGGUAUCACUGCUGCUUGCACCAUCAGAAAGGGAGUCAUCAUUCUAUGCACCUCUUCCAUGUCUGUGGUUCAAUGGCGGCAAGAAUUCCUCAAGUGGUCGAACAUCAACCCGAAUGAUAUCGCUAUUUUCACUUCUGAUCACAAAGAGAAGUUUACGCGGAAUACUGGUAUUAUCGUGUCCACAUAUUCCAUGGUCACUCAGACGAGACAGCGUUCAUACGAUGCUGGAAAGAUGAUGGAAUUUUUACAAAACCGAGAAUGGGGUCUUAUGAUUCUGGACGAGGUGCACGUUGUGCCCGCAAACAUCUUCAGAAAGGUCACAUCUUCUAUAAAGACACACUCAAAGCUUGGUCUCACAGCCACACUUCUUCGUGAGGACGACAAGAUUAACGAUCUUAACUUCCUGAUUGGUCCCAAGCUCUAUGAAGCCAACUGGAUGGAGCUUGCAGAACAAGGGCACAUUGCAAAGGUUCAAUGUGCCGAAGUCUGGUGCCCGAUGACUACUGAAUUCUACUCGGAGUACCUGCGCGAAACCCAUCGGAAACGCGGCCUUCUAUAUAUUAUGAACCCAAGGAAAUUCCAAGCCUGCCAGUUUCUGAUCGACUACCACGAGAAGCGCGGCGACAAAAUUAUCGUCUUCUCUGACAACGUCUACGCUCUAAAAAUGUAUGCUGAAAAGCUGGGAAGGGCGUACAUUUACGGAGAAACACCUCAAGCUGAGCGCAUGCGUAUUCUGGAUAAUUUCCAGCAUAAUGAGAAUAUCAACACGCUGUUUCUCUCCAAAAUUGGGGACACAUCGCUGGAUCUUCCCGAGGCAACCUGCCUUAUUCAGAUUUCGUCCCAUUACGGUUCGCGUCGCCAAGAAGCCCAGCGGCUUGGGCGAAUUCUCAGAGCAAAGCGCCGUAAUGACGAAGGUUUUAACGCCUUCUUUUACUCUCUUGUGUCUAAAGACACUCAAGAGAUGUACUACUCAUCGAAGCGACAGGCCUUCCUUGUUGAUCAGGGAUACGCCUUCAAGGUCAUCACUCACUUGCAGGGAAUCGAGAAUCUGCCGGGCUUGGCAUUCUCAACACCAGCAGAACGUCGCGAAUUGCUGCAAAACGUGAUGAUUCAGAACGAAGGUGCUUUCGACUCGGAGAAAAUCGCCGAUGAUCUCUUCAGUGUGAGCGGUGCAGGUGGCAACCGUAACGCCGCAUUCAGGAAGAAGGGAGUUCGUCGGACGGCCGGCACAUUGGCCGAGCUCUCUGGAGGGCAAGAUAUGGCCUACAUUGAACAGAACCGCAGCAAAAAUAAGGAGCUGAAGAAGGACAAGAAGCCGAGCAACCCGUUCUUCAAGAAGCUGCAGAGGGACGCGCAGAAGCGGAAGCUUGGCAUUUAGGAUGUAUAGGAUAUAUAAAAUUGUACUAGGGCAUAUAGGCAUAGAUAUGAGGAAGCGUUAAUCAAUGGGACAGCGAAAAAUUGUUUGCCGGGACAGAAUGCAUAAUAAUCUCGAGCACGGCGUCACCAACAAUACAAUAUAAUAACAGAUUGCGUCAGAUCCAAGCACUGGCUCGUGCUGAAUGUGAUGGUAGAGAUUAUGAGCACGUAGAACAGCGGUGAAACAGUAAUAUGUGGCA